ACUUCUGUUGUCUUCGAGACUCUCACAACUACCGUCACCGAGACCUUCUCUUCUGUUCCUACUACAGAAUCAAUCCAGAAAUCCACAAUGUCUGCCAGCGAGCAAACCUUCAUUGCCAUCAAGCCUGAUGGUGUCCAGCGUGGCCUCGUUGGACCCAUCAUCCAGCGCUUCGAGCAGCGUGGCUACAAGCUCGCUGCCAUCAAGCUCGUCACUCCCUCCAAGGAGCACCUCGAGACUCACUACGCCGACCUCAAGGAGAAGCCCUUCUUCCCUGGUCUGCUGUCCUACAUGAUGAGCGGCCCCAUCUGCGCCAUGGUCUGGGAGGGCCGUGAUGCCGUCAAGACUGGCCGUGUCCUCCUCGGCGCCACCAACCCCCUGGCUUCCGCCCCCGGCACCAUCCGUGGCGACUUCUCCAUUGACGUCGGCCGCAACGUCUGCCACGGCUCCGACAGCGUCGAGAACGCCCAGAAGGAGAUCGCCCUCUGGUUCAAGGAUGGCGAGGUGGUCAGCUACAAGGCUGCCCAGUUCGACUGGGUCUAUGAGAAGGCUUAAAUUGGCUAGACUGUGACGAUCUAGUGCCUUCUUAGGAGCCGGAUAGAAAAGGGACGGGAUAC